CACAGAUGAGGGACAGAUGAAUAUGCCAGGCUGCAAACGCUAAACUAAACUACCCCCUGUGCCACACCCGUUGGACGUAUCUAUGCACUUCUCUUCCCUCACUGGGAAACAUUUAAGGAUCCUUGUGUUGAGAUGGCAGCCGGAGUAUUGAGGUCACAUGCCGGUGUGCAGCAGCCUCUGUCCGACUACAGGAUUGUGCUGCUGGGGCACAGAAGCUCUGGGAAGACCUCAGUGGGGAGCUCCAUCCUGGGUUCGGACAGCGCCACCGAGGUGGGGCGGACUCUCCGCUGUGUCCAGAGGGAGGGGGAGGCAGCGGGCCGGCGUGUGGCCCUGGUGGAGGCGCCCGGCUGGUGGAAGAACUACUCGGUCAGGGACACCUCCGAACUGACCCGACGAGAGAUCCAGCUCAGCGCCGCUCUGUGUCCACCGGGACCGCACGCCUUUCUGCUGGUCGUGCGACUGGACGCUCCUUUCACAGAAAAGCACAGGCGAGUGGCGGAAGAGCACGUGGGACUCCUCGGCGAAAGAGCCUGGCAUUACACCAUAGUGCUCUUUACCUAUAAUGACCGCUUAGAAGAUGACCUUAUCGAGCAGCGCAUAGGAAGUGACAGGGAGGCCCAGCAUCAGCGCCUUGUUGAGAGAUGUCAGAAACGUUGUCACGUCCUCAACGUCGAUAAAAGGGGCGCCAGUCCUCAGGUCGUGGGGCUGCUGGAGAAAAUUGAUGAAAUGAUGGCGGGAAGCAAUGGCCAGUGUUACGAGGGAGAAGGAGUGAGAUGGGAGGAGUGGGUGGAGAGGAGGUCUAUAAAAGCCGUCAGAGCGGAAGAAAGGAUGGCAGGCCAGGAGCCACAGGAGGAAGCCAGGCCUGGACAGAGAGGUCAUCUUUCCAAGAUGAGGCUUUUACUGUUGGGCAGCAGAAGAGCUGGGAAGAGCUCAGCGUGUAAUACCAUCUUGGGCCGGCGCUGCUCCAGGCCUGGACGGACCACCCAGUGCGCGUUGAGCCAGGGGGAAGCUGCCCAGAGGCAGGUCACCGUGGUGGACACGCCCGGUUGGUGGAGGGGCGUCUCGGCGGCCGACACCCCGGAGCUGACCAAGCGCGAGGUGGCUCUCGCCGCGUCGCUGUGUCCCCCGGGGCCUCACGCGAUCCUCCUGGUCCACCGCGCGGACUUCUCCUUCGGGGACGAGGAGCUGAAGGCCUGGGAGGAGCACGUGGAGCUUCUGCUCGGCGGCGGGGGGGCCUGGGCGCACGCCCUGGUGCUCUUCACCCACGGCGACUGGCUCGGGGAGCGGUCGAGCUCCCAACAGUAUGUGAAGGCCGAGGGCGAGGCGCUACGACGUCUCGUGGAGAAAUGCGGGGGGCGGUCUCACGUCCUGGACAACAGCGUGAGUUGCGCUGACGGGUCACAGGUCGCAGAGCUGCUGGAGAAGGUGGAGGGGAUUGUCGGGGCGAGAGGUAGCCAUUACAUGCAGGACAGAGCGAGAACGAGAAGCCUGGAGAAGGGGAAGCUAGCGGCGCUGAAAAGGCCAGUCAGGAGGGCCAAGCAGCAGAGGCAGUGCAGGAGGACCAAAUCCUUCAAAGGAGACUCUGUCCAACUCUCUACUCUGAGGAUUGUGCUACUGGGUUACAAUCAGUCGGGGAAGACUUCCGCUGGGAACGCCAUCCUGGGCGCGGAGGCCUUCGACAUGAAGCACACCACCUCCUGUGCCCGGCGGCACGGAGAAGUGUCUGGACAGCAGUUCACCGUGAUCGACACGCCCGGUUGGCACAAGAGCACGCCGGCCGCGGGCACCCCGGUGUGGACCAGACAGGAAAUGAUGCGUGCGGCGUCGCUCUGCCCACCGGGGCCUCACGUCCUGCUGCUGGCGGUGCGUGCCGACGCGUCCUUCGGCGAGGACGAGGGGCGGUCGGCGCGGGAGCACCUGGAGCUUCUCGGUGGUGAGCGGAUCUGGUCACACACGCUGGUCCUCUUCACCUGCGCGGACUGGCUGGGCAGGGGCGCCACCAUCGAGCAGCACGUGGAGAGCGAAGGCCAGCCGCUGAGGGAGCUGCUGGACAGGUGCGGGAACCGCUACCACGCGCUCGGCAAUAAAACCGAUGGCGCCAAUGGCGCCGCAGCCAGCGGUCAAGUCGCCAGGCUGCUGGAGAAGGUGAAGGGGCUGGUGCUGCUCAACAGUGGCGGUCAUUUCAAUGCAGCAAGCCUGCGGUCAGAAGGAGAGGGGGACGGGGAGGAAGUGGACUCUGGCGAAGACAGACACCGGAGGAAGGACAUGCUGGAGUGGAACUGGACGAGACAGGAUGUGUCUGACGAGCCCAGGCGUCAGGCUGAAGGCAGAGUCCACAGGUCCACAAGGAACACCUCCAGCUGGUUCCACACAGAGGAAGCCAUCCAACCUGCAGAGACCCCCCGGCCUUCUGAUUGUCAGGAGAUGAGUGAAGAGGACGGCUCAGACGAUGUGUUUCUAGAAGAUUCUUCCACCGAGAGAUGUCCCCUUCUUCUCCCUGUCUGUGGAUCUCUCACACCAACUGUCCUAUCCUCAGAAAUAUGAGACAGUGUUUCCCUCCAGCAGCUGUGGGUUCUUCGGUCUAAAACACUCUGGUAGCAGAAGUAGUGUGUAAGUUGUGCGAUCCGCCGGCCAGUUUUCAAAACCCAAUGUGGCCCUUGAGCCAAAAAGUUUGCCCACCCCUGCCCUAGCCCCUCAGGCCCCUGUGUUAUAGUAGUUAUUUAGGGCGUACUCAUUGGGUGUCAAACAUGAACAUCUCUUCAUCCUAGUUUAUGCUUUGACUCUGAGGCUGUGCGUCAAAAUGUUAGU